AUGGCCAGCAGCAGCACAAGCGACAGCAGCAGCAGCAGCAGCAGCAGCAGCAGCAGCAGCAGGGAAAGAAGAAGAAGCGAGCUGAGGCACCGGGCGUUGAAUCGAUUUGCUUCGGGCUCGCGGCGCUCGGGGUGUCUUUCUGAGGAUGACUAUGGGAUGUCUAGGGCGCGCAAGGCAGCAGCAGCAGCAGCAGCAGCAGGAGCUGCUGCUGCUGCUGCUGCUGCUGCUGGCUCUCCUGUGCUGCAGCGAGACGUGGCUGGGGAUGAGACAGACACAGAAGACAACGGCGGCGUUGUCGAGCGUUUCAGUAUCGGCAGCAGCAACAGCAGAAAGCAGCAGCACCAGCAGCAGCAGCAGCAGCAUGGCGUCGCUUUGCGUCGAGUUGCUUCAAGUCCAACGGUGUCUUGCAGCGGCAGAGAGCAUGCAGACCAGCAGCAGCAGCAGCAGCAGCAGCAGCAGCGCCGGCGUCGUCCUCUGAGUUGUCUAGAUGGCAACAGGGGCGUUGUCGAGCGUUUCAGUAUCGGCAGCAGCAACAGCAGAAAGCAGCAGCAGCAGCAGCAGCAGCAGCAGCAGCAGCAGCAUGGCGUCGCUUUGCGUCGAGUUGCUUCAAGUCCAACAGUGUCUUGCAGCGGCAGAGAGCAUGGAGACCAGCAGCAGCAGCAGCAGCAGCAGCAGCAGCAGCAGCGCCGGCGUCGUCCUCUGAGUUGUCUAGAUGGCAACAGGAGAGAUAUCUUCGGUGCCAUGAGGCUGCCUCCUCUGCUGCGCUGCAGCGGGGGGCCCCCCCAGGCCUCGUUGAGUGAUGUCGAGGGGCUGCUGCCGCAGCAGCACUUUCUGUCGCUGAGAGGGGGCCUGCUGCAGCGGCGGAGUUUCACUGCGGAGACACCAGAGACGAGUUGCUGCGGGCGUGCUGUGUCUUCUGGUGGCAGCAGAGAGGGAUCUGCUGCUGCUGCAGCAGCAGCAGCAGCAGCAGCAACAGCAGCAGCAGCAAAGACACGCAUCAGGUGUCUCCUUCCUCUUAGAAAAAGAAGAGACAGCUGCAGCGACUGCAGCACGAGGUCAGCUCAGAGAAUAGAAGCAGCACUAGGACGGGGAGACGCAGCAGACGGGGCGUGGAGGCUGAGAAGGAGAAGAAGAGCAGCAGCAGCAGCAGCAGCAGCUGCUGCUGCUGCUGCUGCUGCUAGCGGGAGUGGUCACAGCUGGGCAAAGAAACUCAAGGGAGAGGAAACAGGCGGAGACAACGAGGCUGCCGGCCCAUCAACCCAGCCGCAGCAGCAGCAGCAAGAGAACCAGCAGCAGCAGCAGCAGCAGCAGCAGCAGCAGCAGCAGCAGCAGCAGCAGCAGCAGCAGCGACAGGCGGAGACAACGAGGCUGCCGGCCCAUCAACACAGCCGCAGCAGCAGCAGCAAGAGAACCACCAGCAGCAGCAGCAGCAGCAGCAGCAGCAGCAGCAGCAGCAGCAGAGGAAAGUGCUGCAGCAGCAAGCCGAUAUGGAGAUGUGCACGGGCCUCACUCUCAGGGCUUGGCUAG